GCUAAAUCACAUCGAUUCAUUUAAAAAAAAAAAACAAUUUGAAUCGUGUAUAUCCUAUUCAGUUGAUGUUUUGUGUAAGAAUAAACCGGAAAUAAAUCGACUAACCCACUUCCUUUUUCUUGUUUUCCUCGUAUCUUAAGAAUGGCCCCACGAAGAGGAAAGCCCCAACAACAGGAGCAAGUGGUUUUGGGUCCACAAGCUAAAGAGGGAGAGAAUGUCUUUGGAGUUGCACACAUUUAUGCCAGUUUUAAUGACACAUUUGUUCACGUCACUGAUUUAUCAGGAAAGGAAACAAUUGCUAGAGUAACUGGUGGGAUGAAAGUUAAAGCCGAUCGUGACGAAGCCUCACCCUAUGCUGCUAUGUUGGCUGCUCAGGAUGUAGCUGAACGCUGCAAGGCCCUUGGAAUUACUGCUCUGCACAUUAAGCUUAGAGCUACUGGUGGUAACAGGACAAAAACCCCAGGACCAGGUGCUCAAUCUGCCCUGAGAGCUUUAGCACGUUCUGGCAUGAAAAUAGGCCGCAUAGAGGAUGUGACCCCUAUUCCAUCAGAUUGUACUCGCAGAAAGGGUGGUCGUCGUGGUAGACGUUUGUAAGCUCUUGAAUUUACUAAAAAUAAAGUAUUGAUUUACUUUAACCAAAA